GGGCUGUCAGGCCGCGGUGCGCGCGGAGGGCCGGGCGGGCGGGACGGAGGCCGGGAGGCCAGGAGGCCGGGGCGGCGGGCGCGCAGCUCGGCGGGAGGCGGGCGCCCGGAGACGCGGCUGGGGCCCGCGCGGCCGGGGCGACGUCCCAGGGCAGGGCUGCCCGGCCCCGGCCCCGGCCCCGGGCCGCCCGCGGUCCCCAUGAAAAACCAGCUCCGCGGCCCCCCAGCGCGGGCGCACAUGUCGACUUCGGGGGCGGCGGCGGCUGGGGGCACCCGGGCGGGGUCCGAGCCCGGUGCGGGGUCGGGGUCCGGCGCAGGCACCGGGGCGGGCGCGGCGACGGGAGCAGGGGCCAUGCCCUGCAAGAGCGCCGAGUGGCUGCAGGAGGAGCUGGAGGUGCGCGGCGGCGCGUCCCUGCUGCUGCUCGACUGCCGGCCGCACGAGCUCUUCGAGUCGUCGCACAUCGAGACGGCCAUCAACCUGGCCAUCCCAGGCCUCAUGUUGCGCCGCCUGCGCAAGGGCAACCUGCCCAUCCGCUCCAUCAUCCCCAACCACGCCGACAAGGAGCGCUUCGCCACGCGCUGCAAGGCGGCCACUGUGCUGCUCUAUGACGAGGCCACGGCCGAGUGGCAGCCCGAGCCCGGCGCUCCCGCCUCCGUGCUCGGCCUGCUCCUACAGAAGCUGCGCGACGACGGCUGCCAGGCCUACUACCUCCAAGGUGGUUUCAACAAGUUUCAGACAGAGUACUCUGAGCACUGCGAGACCAACGUGGACAGCUCUUCCUCACCGAGCAGCUCGCCACCCACCUCAGUGCUGGGCCUGGGGGGCCUGCGCAUCAGCUCUGACUGCUCCGACGGCGAGUCGGACAGAGAGCUGCCCAGCAGUGCCACCGAGUCGGACGGCAGCCCUGUGCCAUCCAGCCAACCAGCCUUCCCUGUCCAGAUCCUGCCCUACCUCUACCUCGGCUGCGCCAAGGACUCCACCAACCUGGACGUGCUCGGCAAGUACGGCAUCAAGUAUAUCCUCAACGUCACACCCAACCUACCCAAUGCCUUUGAGCACGGCGGCGAGUUCACCUACAAGCAGAUCCCCAUCUCUGACCACUGGAGCCAGAACCUCUCCCAGUUCUUCCCUGAGGCCAUCAGCUUCAUUGAUGAAGCCCGCUCCAAGAAGUGUGGUGUCCUAGUGCACUGCCUGGCAGGCAUCAGCCGCUCAGUGACGGUCACUGUGGCCUAUCUGAUGCAGAAGAUGAACCUGUCACUCAACGACGCCUAUGACUUUGUCAAGAGAAAAAAGUCCAACAUCUCGCCCAACUUCAACUUCAUGGGGCAGCUGCUGGACUUUGAGCGGACGCUGGGGCUAAGCAGCCCGUGCGACAACCAUGCACCGAGUGAGCAGCUCUACUUUUCCACACCCACCAACCACAACCUGUUCCCACUCAAUACGCUGGAGUCCACGUGAGGCCUGGUGCACGGGGGGCAUGGCACCAGGCCCCUGCUCGGCUCUCCACAAGGCUAGGUGGGAGAGCCCAAGCCUGCCACCUCUGGCCUGAGGAACCCCCAGAUGUCGCCUGUGCCCAGAGACCCAGGCUGCUCAGUGUCGGAGCGCCCCUCACCAUCCUUGGGGGCGGGGCCCGCAGGCAAGGUCUCCCUCUGCAGGGCUUGCUGGAGAGGCCUCGGCUCUCGGACACGUGGCUUUGGGCAUCCACCAGGGCCUCAUCCUGUCCAGGACGCUCCUUUCUGCUGAUGGCCCAGCCAGUUUGGCUAUUUUUUAAAGACACAUCCACGGACCUGAGUUUACUUUUUACUUUUGGCAGGUAAAUCCAAGCUCCCUGGAGCACAAAGAGUGUUUGAGCUCUUCUUGAUUUUUUUUUUUUUUUUUUUUUUAACAAAAAGUGUUAUUUUCAGGCUACAUGCAACAGUGGAUUGUAUAACCCAGUAUUUCAUCCCUUUCCUGAUCCUGCGAGAGAGAGAAAUGUUAUCAGUUUUGUUUUUCGUUCAAUUUCAAAAAGCAAGUAUUGUGUUUGUUUUUGUUUUUUAAUGGAAAAGACAGACCCCAUGUUGACCUUGACCAAAUGCGUUUUGCACAUGUGUGAAGCCUCCAUUUCCUCGGCGGGCCCUUCUUGAAGGGGUGGCUUACUGCUCUUCAGGUAUUGGGACCCCCAGUCGUGCCGCCUCCCACCCUUGGCCCGGUCUGACUUGGCCCUGCACUCGCCUGUGAUGACUGCUGCAAGUUGUGGUUGGUGGGCUGGAUGGUGGGCUUUGCAUUUUCUGCCCUCUCAUCCAUCCCUCUGCUGGUCCCUGCAGACCUCCCUGAGGCAGAAGGUGGGGAACCCGGGUCCCUGCCGCUGUCCCGCAGAAGGUGGGCCGCAGGGGACUGCCAGGCAGUAGCAUUAGCCCUCUGGGCUCAGCCCCUAGGAGGGCCUGGGCUCUGAGCCCUUUUAUAUACUUAGCCACUACUUCUGUCUGUCUGUUUCUCUCUCUCCCUCUCCCUCUCCUCUCUCUUGUAACUGGGAGUGGAGGCCCAGUGGCUGGGGAGAGCUUAGGUGGUGAGACCCAGCCCUACCUCCAGGUUCUUCCCUCUCCCUACCUGUCGCUUUGGUCUGGCUGCCACUGGCAGCCCCCUUGUCCCCUUGGAAGCUUGCCCUGCCCUCAUCUUGCCCAUGCCUUCUACUGCCAGGAGACUUGCACCCAUUUCAACCCUAGGGCAGGGGCAAGUGGGGCAAGAGUGGACCAGCAGAAGGGGGGUGAGGCUCUGUUCACUUCCCCCUGCCUCCACAGAACAAAGCCACGGAUUCCGUUAUCUUCCUCCAGUUUUGUUCCUUCUCCAGCCUCAGUUUCACCAGGUGUCAGGACUGCAUGAGGGCCUAGGGCAGGGAGAGGGGUCGGGCCAGGGUCCCUGACGGAGCAGCACUCAGCAUGUGAGUGAGGCCACAGAAAACUCUGCCCCACUGCUUCUUACCUCACAGGGGUGGUUUUCAGGGAUUCUUAAGGCAGCAGAUUAAAAUCUUGCCACAGUCGAGAAAUUGACAACAAGCUUCCAUGCUGUACAUGGUUCUCUUUUUCUCUCUUUUAUUUUUAAAAAGAAAACCCAGAAAGAUGCACCAGAUUUGUAUAAAUGAGGGUAUGCCAGAAGGUGGCCAGUUUUGCUUUAUGAUCUUAUGAAGGAAGAUUUGUGACCCUACAUAUAUAUAUACACACACAUACAUAUAUAUAUCCCGAACCAACAACGGGACUUUGUUUAUAUUGCAAAUAAAUAUUAUUUUUUCUUUAAAA